AUUAACUCUGAAUAUUUCAAGUGACGUUGACUCAAUUCAUCUGCCUGAUAAACAGCCCGCCUUGUACGGCGUUUCACUUAAUAUCCUUGAUAAUGCUGGUAACUUCAAACAAGCAAGACGAUUUGUAUUGUUUGAUAAAUCAUCAGAGAUUCAUAUCAAUGCAGAAAACAAACUUAGAGUAUAUACCGGAAAUAAAGCCACAAACUUUACGUGGCAGACGAAUCAUGGGAAGAUUUGUGUACACUGGGUUGAGCGAUAUUACAAUUCUUUUCAUAUUCAUCAUAAUUUGCUAAGAAAAAUAAAAGCUGACUAUCACAAUCUUUAUAAUGGAGUUUAUGAACAGUACAAUGGUCAACUUCCAGUGAAAGGGACGCCAAAUAUUCAUGGAAUUCUUGAAUUUCGUUACGUUUUUGCCCUUAACAAUAGGGUGUUGGAUAAUAAAACUGCUCCAAAUUUCCUAAAUCAGUCGAUUUGUGAAAAUUACAGCAUAAGGGAUGGGGAAACGUAUGAUAUCACCGUCAUUCCGAGAGAUGUAAUGGACAAUACAAUUAAUGAAACCAUCGCAGUUCAUAUAGAUACAAGCGUACCUGACAUUGUCGAAAUGUACUUGAUAAAAGAUGGAGUGCGUCAUUUGUUCGUUCAUAAUUCCACAGACCUUUCGAGAAUGAAGAUAUCCUUUAGAGCUUUGGAUGAACACAGUGGACUAAAUUCUAUUGAAUGGAUGCUGGGCACAUCUCCUGAUGGUGGGGAGCUAGGAAGAGGUUCCAUUGCAGUGAAUCGUCUGGAACCUGGGGUAACUUGUAACCAUACGGAAAAUUGCUAUUGCCCAAAAGUUGGAGUUUGUGAGAAAGCCCUGUACAGCGUGAAGUUCAAUAGCUUGAUCAAGAAUAAUAAACAGAACGGGCACCACAACCGGGAGUAUUUUUUUACAGUUAAAGUAACUAACAAUGCUAUGCUGGUAAGUAUUUCUAGAACGGAUAUCUUAGCUGAUGAUUCCCCUCCCGUAAGUGGAAAUGCUAUGGAAGGAGAAAUUGGAUCCCAAGAGAUAGACUAUACUUGUAAUAGAGAAAUAAUCGUGAGGUGGAGCGGAUUUAUUGAUCAUGAGAGUGGUAUUAAAAAAUAUCGGAUUGGAUUCAAUGACAAGUGUUUGUCAAGAGAAGAUUUACUUCAUAAUAAUCAUGCUACGCUUCUAAGUUAUAUUUACGAAACAAAUGAGCAGCAAAUCAAAGUGCGUGCGGACCACCCGGGUCUGUACUUUACAAGUGUAAUUGCUUAUAAUUAUGCUAUGGAAGCUUCGGAAGUGGCGUGCUCCAAUGGCAUUACAUACGAUAUCUCUCCACCAAAAUUAUACAAUAUAAUUUUAGAGCACGCAAAAACAACAGAAGGCAUUGCAUGUUACAACAGGACUCCGUGGUUAAUACUCCAAAAUUUCACCGCUGUCAAACUAGAAAUGACGCAAGCUUGCCAGAAAAUAUGCAACGAAAGCAGUAAAGAAUUUCCGCUUUUAGAGAACAUGUUCUAUGUAAAGCAAGAACAUUUUAAUGAUACAUCCUACGCGGACUCAAUAUGCAAGAAUUUAGGGAUAUAUUUUAAAAACAUUAAAGUAUAUAUUCCCUCAGACACAAUUUCUCUUUCUUGGAAUGUCACCGACUUAGAAACACAGAUACAUGACAUUUUAAUUGGGUUUGCAUCGACUAAAUCACAAUCUGAAACACCCGACAUUUUAUCGUUUACACCUGCUAAGCGUUUGCAGAGUGAUAAACGUUUGCAUUCAGCACUUGACUCAGGAACUCCUUUUUAUAUCACAAUAAAAGCCACAAGUAAAGCUGGCUUGGAAACAUCUGCAACAAUAGGCCCAGUGGUAAUUGACGAUACACCGCCUUUAUACAGGGGCGGUGUCAACAUUGUUUUGGGUGAUAAGUUUGCAUUUGUUGCAUGGACCAAUGAGACAUUUGUUGACGAAGAACAGGAUGAGCCAAUAUCAAUGGUCUUGUUCAAAAUAGGGCAAGGAUCCACUUUUAAAACUCCACUUCUGCAAGGUUACCUUUCCAACAGCUGUCCAAAUCCAACUGAUAAUCGAA